CAGACGGAGCAGACCAACAGGCUGUCCUCCCCAGUGACUUAGCAAACAUUUGCCAUGUUGCCCACUCCAUGUUGAUCUAAGCCUCAGGAACCAUACUUUCUUUUCGACUUAAAGAUGAUCCCUCUUUUACCUUUAGUCCAUCUUGGGUAAGUGCUGACCUGCUGGCUGAAGAAAUUACAUUUCCAUUUUGAAAUAAGGUGGAUCAUGGUGCGUAAUGUGGAUGAUCUGGACUUCUGCCUGUCCUCCCACCCUCAGAGCAUCCUGGAAGGCUUGCGUUCGCUCUGCUCGCACCCCAAACUGGUGGAUGUGACACUGAGUGCAGGAGGAAGGGAUUUCCCCUGCCACCGAGGGGUUCUGGCACUCUGCAGCAUGUACUUCCGCUCUAUGUUCUCGGGGGACUUUGUGGAGAGCAUAGCUGCUCGCGUGGAGCUUCAGGAUGUUGAUCCCAACAUCCUCAGCUGCUUGCUGGACUUUGCCUACACUGGAAAACUGACAAUAAACCAGAGCAACGUGGAGGGCUUGAUUUGCACCUCCAGCCAACUGCAGUUCCAGACGGUGCGAGCUGUGUGCAGCCGAUACCUCCAGCAUCAGAUGGAUGCGACCAACUGCCUGGGAAUCCUGGAGUUUGGAGAGAUCCACGGCUGCCCUGAAGUCAUGGCCAAAGCGUGGGCCUUCCUCCUGGAGAACUUUGAGGCCGUGCAACAGGGUGAGGAGUUCUUAUUUUUGGGAAAAGAUCGGCUGAUCUCCUGCUUGUCUGAUGAUGGACUAAAAAUCCGCUCUGAGUGCGCACGUGUGGAGGCCAUCCUGAAAUGGGUCGGGCAUCAGAGAGACUCUCGACUGUGCCACUUACCUGAACUUUUCAACCUGUCGCAUUCGUCCCUGCUGAGCCUGAACUACCUGACUGACACCCUGCUGAAAGACAGCCUCAUCCAGGCCUCUCCAAGCUGCAGGGAAGCAGUUGAAAAAGUUUGCAGAGAGAAGCAAGAUUUAACUCAAGAAUAUUCUGAAAGACCAAGUCUUCACAGUCCUCAACCAAACUUACAAGAAGUACUGUUUGUGAUGGGAGGACGUUCACUUGAGGAUGAGGAUGACGAUGAGUCAGACGAGGAUGAAGACACGGAUCCAAGACUUCAGAGGUUGCCCUCCAAAAACUGUGCCUUCUACAACACAAAGACAAAAAAGUGGCAUGAGCUGCCUAACUUUCCUAAUCCCAACAAGUGGGGCUAUGCCAUGGUGUCUCUAAACAACGAUGUUUAUGUUACAGGGGGCUCGCGAGGUUCAAACACCAACUCGUGGUCGACCACAGAGACCUGGAAGUACAUCACUAGAGAAGGGAGAUGGGUGACUGUGGCACCGAUGCUACGGCCUCGGACAAACCACACAUCGGCAACGCUUAAUGGCGAGCUUUAUGUAAUUGGAGGUACAACCUCGGCACAAGUUGAGGUCGAGCAUUAUGACCCUUACACUGACACCUGGGCUUUGACGUGUCCUGCUUUAAAAUAUGUGACAAACUUUACGGCCACAGCUUGUUUUGGAAAGCUUUAUGUUAUUGGAUCGUGUGCAGUGAAGUACAACGCCCUGACCAUGCAGUGUUACAACCCUGUCAUAGAUGCUUGGAUUAGUAUAGGAUCACCCUUUAUCCCUAAGUAUUUGUCUUCACCCCGUUCAGUCUGCAUGGAUGGGAUUAUAUACCUGGUGGCUGAUAACACAAAGAAAGUUUACUCAUAUGAUCCAGAGGCAAACAUGUGGCAGAAGGUCCAGCUUCUUCACAUGCUCCAUGAAAACGGCGGCCUAGUAUCCCUGGAUGGAAAGCUGUAUGUCACAGGCGGCCACUGGAAAGGAAUGGAGGGAGACUACGGGGUGGAAGUGGAGGUUUACAACCGAGCCUCCAACACCUGGGAUUUGGAGUGUUUCCUCCCAAGACUAUGGUUCUACAGCGGCGUAUGCACCAUAUAUCUGGAUCCAUCCCAGUGGCCUGAGCUUCCACCUUUGGAGUCCACAUAAAUUCCCAUCAAGGAUUAAUUGUUUCACUUUUGGAGUCAAUGAGUUCAGAGACAUAUUACACUCGUGUCUAUAUUUAGAGUGCAAACAUUAUGUCAAUCCCAGGAUGUCAUUUGUGCCAAAAAUAGUUUGUUACAUGAUCCUCGAUUAUUCUUAAAGCAUUAACACAUGUUGAGUGCUCAA